AUGGGACUCUCCAAGACCAACAGGAUCAUUAUCCUCCUGGUAAUUGAUACCGCGUUCUUUUUGCUGGAGCUGAUCACCGGUUAUGCUGUCCACUCGCUCGCCCUCGUCGCCGAUUCCUUUCACAUGCUGAACGAUGUCAUAUCAUUAUGUGUUGGACUAUGGGCUGUCAAAGUCGCCAAUAGCGACUCGAGCUCGAAAAUGUACACCUACGGCUGGCAACGCGCGGAGACUCUAGGUGCUUUGGUUAAUGGCGUGUUCCUGGUCGCCCUCUGCAUGUCGAUCUUCUUAGAAGCUAUCCAACGAUUGGUCGAGCCCCAGGAAGUCCAGAACCCCAAACUCGUCUGCAUUGUUGGUUGCUUUGGUCUCCUCUCCAAUAUCUUGGGUCUUGCCCUAUUCCACGACCACUCUCACGGUGGCCAUGGACACGGACACGGACAUGGCCACGAUCAUUCGCAUGACGAGGAGGAUGUAGAAGCCGGGCACGACCAUCAUGAUCAUAGCCACGACGUCCCAGAUCAACCCAAUGGCCAUGGCCUUCCACACGCCGCCACAGACCCCGCAUCGCCUUCCUCUCGCAAACGCCGCGUUACCGAUUCCCAGAACCGAGGCUCAAGACGCUACAGUACAUCCGGCUUGGCCAGUGUUGAGGAUAUCUAUGUGCACCCGGCGACUAUGCGACAGGAUAUUAUUGCCGCCAGCCGGGAAUCCUUCCAAAAUGACCAGUCAUCCGACUCGGAUAAUCGCGAUGAUGAAACCCCUACCGAGCACUCCGGUCUCUUGAGCCAUCGUGAUCGAACUGCUAACUAUACCGAUGAGCACGAUGGCCCUACCAAGACUAUUGCCCCGGUGGUAGAUGACGUGCACAAGCACCACAACCACGCUCAACCUAAGCCUAAAAGCCAAAAGGGUGGUCACAGUCAUGAUCUCAAUAUGCGCGGUGUCUUCCUCCACGUCAUGGGAGACGCUCUGGGUAAUGUUGGGGUUAUCGCAUCUGCGCUUAUCAUUUGGCUGACUGACUAUGAUUGGCGAUUUUAUGUGGACCCUGGUAUUUCGCUGGUUAUCACCCUGAUUAUUUUAGGCUCUGCCAUUCCCCUGUGCAAGGCCGCGUCGCGAAUCCUGCUACAGGCCGUGCCUCAGGGUCUGAGCAUUGACCACAUCAAGGAGGAUAUCGAAGGUCUUCCGGGUGUCAUUGGCUCACAUCACCUGCACGUAUGGCAAUUGAGUGAUACUAAGCUUGUGGCAUCGCUUCACAUUCAAGUCGACACUGAAAUCAAGGGCGAGGGCUCUGAGCGAUACAUGCGUCUUGCCCGCCAGAUUCGUCGCUGUCUUCAUGCAUAUGGUAUCCAUUCCUCCACCAUUCAACCGGAGUUUGCACCGGAGAGUGAUACCGAGGAAAUCCAGAAUCAAUCACAAGGCCCCUCAUCGCGGGUAGGUAAUAGCGACCCCAACGCCUCUAGCCGCGCGGGCAGUGUACGGGACAGUGAUAACCAAGCCUGUCUGCUCGAGUGUGACGACAACUGCGCUAAAGGUGGGCAGUGCUGCCCUAAAAAGUCCACUUAA